AUGCGUCACUUCUGCAGCGCCGGGCUCGUCGCCGGAAGCGAAAGUGAGCGCCAGCGGCUGCUGAGCGCCGGUGGAGGGGUAACGUGGACCCCAGUGGAGGCCUCAGCGGGCUCAGGGAAGUUGUUUCCAAGUACUGCAGUGAAUUUGCAGACACAGGGGAAUGGGCCUUUGAAUUCCAGGGAUACAGCUGGAGCAGAAAACUACAAAUACUUAAGGCCAUUUCAUUUCCAGCAGGUAGACUUUGAGUUUGUCAUCUGGCAGAUGCUCUGCCUGUUCAUCUCACCACAGAGGGUUUAUAGGAACUUUCAUUAUGGAAAGCAGAGGAAAAAUCAGUGAGCCAGAGAGAACGCUGCUUUCUUAGUCUUGCUAAGUAUAUGACUGUAUGUGUCUUCCCCUAUAGGAUUUGGAUUUGUGCUCAAUAUGGGACUUUUUGAGAUGAAAAAGCUGCUUUGGGAUGUAUUCAUAGACUGUGUAGAUGGUCUUCUCACAUCAACAUUAAUGUGGUUUAUAUGAACAAAAUACUUGAUUAGGAAAAAAAAUAUGUAUGAAACAAUAGAGUGGGCAUUGUUAUGUGGAGUGCACUGUGCCUUUGAUGUGCAUCUGAAUGCUUUUUAUUUCCUAGUCAUUCUGCAUUUCAUCCAGAUGGCAAUUCAUAAGAGCAGCAAGAGAAAAGCGGACAUGGGAAAAAGGAACUCCGAUCGUUCACAUUUCAUCAGUGAAAUUGACAACCUUACCAAUGUGGGGAAUUAA